AUUACAAAAUAAAAAUAAUUUGUAAAAUAAGUUAAAAGUCCCUCUCUAUUCAUAUAACAUAAAAUUUUAUUUAAUUUUUCUUAAUAGAAGGAACAAAUAAAUUUAUAAAUUAUAUUAAAUAUACAAAUUGUGUGUUUCUUGUGCGAAGAUGUGUAUUUCUGUGUAUGACCUCACUUUUUAACAUGCACAUACAUAUAUAUGUAUGUUUGUAUGUAUGUGGCAUAUUAAAAAACUUAUGUAAAAAUAUGAAUAGUUGGAUGAAGAAAAAUAAUAAUUUGUGGAACGCCCAAUUAUGAUUCUAUAAGUGAAUAAGUUAAAGUUAUGUGCUGCUGUUCAUUUAAUCUAACUUUUAAAAUUUGUCAACUUGGGACGGACAUCGUUAAGGCCCAAUAAUAUUUUUAUUAAACUGGAAUGAAAGAAAUUGUAAAAAAAGGAAUCCCAUCCGAAAAUUAAUGUGUAUCUCAAUAUAGAAGAAGUUAUGUGAUUUAUCAAAUCUUGCUCCAUAGAAUUGAUGCAGCCUCGCCUUCGCUUACUUGACAUUGUAUGUAGUACGUGUAAGUAAGUGUAGGUGAAUGUAGAACAGCAAUCUUUGAAAGUGAAAAUUACAACAGCAAAGAGAAUAUUUGAUAGAAAUUAGUUAAGACUUUAAUUUAAAUUAAAAAUGUGCAUGUUUGUCAUUUGUUUGCUGUGUACUGAAAAAAGAAAAGAUGCUACUGGGAACAAAAAUGUCGUUACAUCUAUUCCCGUUUCAGUAAAAAAACGUACACCAUCAGCAUCGUCAUCGAAAACGAAUAAUUCGUUGUCCUCAUCAUCUUCGUCCUGUUUGUCAUCUGGCUCUAUCUACUCCCCAGCCAGUAGUAUUGAUGCAGCUGCAAUAAUUUUACCCAUUACACGAGUCAAAAUAACAAAACCAUUAUUGUCUUCUAACCAAGCUACUAAAAUAAUGUCGCCCACCGUUUUGUAUCCGGAGUUUCCCAAGUAUAAAGCAUGGUUAUAAACAAAUACAAAUUUUCUUCAGCAAGUCGAAUUUGUACAUUUUAAUAUUUAUUUAAACUAAAAAAACAUACAUAUUUAGAUGUACGUAUGUAUGAACGUGAGAGUGUUUGUGAUAGUUAACAUUAAAAUGGCUUGAAAAAAAUCCCUAGUGCAGCUGUUCUACAUUAAAUAAUAAAAAAACAACAGCAAACACAAGAAAAAAUAAAACUUCUAGAUAUCUUUUGCGCCACCAAUAGCAGUGAGUGGCAGGAGCAGUAUUAAAAAAAUGAAGUUGCACCAUCAACAUAGUAAAUAGUUACAACUUACAAACAACCUAUUUUUAUGAAGAUCUCUAUGUGUGUGUGUUGUUUUAUUUACUUUUUUGUACGAGGAGUUCAUUAGUUUUUUCCAUUUUGUAUGUGUAUUAGUGCGAUAAUAUCUUCGUGUCCCAAUUAAUUGCUUCGUAUGUAGGCCAACUUAUAACGCUAACAGCAACAACAAAGGCAGCAACCACAACAGCAGCAGCAGCAAAAGAGGCAUACACUGGACUCCUUUAUUCUCUCUCAGUGUCCUCGUAUUCAAUACAUUUUUCAUUCACACACAUACACAUUCCGCCCGUAUGUUAAAUAACAUACAGUGUUAAACUAACAUCAAAAAUUAAAAGAAAAAUGAAGAAGGAAAACAAUAACAACAAAAUAUGUAAUAGUUACAUUUAUAUAUUCGUACUAUAACAAGUGCAGUGAUUUAGUGAAUAAAAAUAUCUACAUAAAUACAUACAUAUUUAAUGUACAAAAGUAACAAUAGUGAAAAAAAGAGAAAUUGUCAAUGCUGUGUGAAGAUUGCUCUUUGAAGAAAAAAAUAAUAAAAAAUACAAAAGGAAACAAUUUGUAAUUUCUCUUUUGACAUCGAACGAACGACCGAACACAUGUGAUUUAUGUACUCGUUUUCAUUGUUUGUUGACUUAUUUUUCAUCAACAUAUAAUGACAAUUAAGAUGAUAAAUAUGAUGAUAAUAAUGACAUUAUAAAACAAAAAAGAACCUUCCUCCAUUGCAAGUUGCAUUAACAUAUUUGAGCAUUCGUGUGGAGCUCAUCUGAUAUCUGUGGGAAUGAGUUAAUCAGAGGUUGCCUCGUUCAUAUAUAUACACUCAUACGUAUACAUCUCGUAUGUAUGUGUGUGUCCUUAAUAAUUUUAAUAACAACAAGUCUUCAAAACUACUGCGGAUCUUCCUUCGAAUAUACGAAAAGGAUUUGUAAUUUGACAACUAUUUAUUUUUUAAUAGUUUUAAUUGAAGAAAAUGUUUGGCUAAAUAAAAUAUAUGUGAAACACACACAUUUUUUAUUGAAUACAUUAAUCAUUUUUAACACAAAUUACUCAAAUGCAUAUUUCGAAAAAUUAACGGUUUCAAAAAUUACAGUUGCUGCUUUAGUAACAACAACAGCACAAACCAGAAAACUGGUCGAACGGCAACAAAAGCAACAACAGUAACUCUAAUGCAUUUAUCGGAAAUAAAACGAAUUUCUAAAUAAUAGUAAACAAUUAAAUAAUAACAAAAAUAACAGAACAAAAAUAACAAAUUAGAUAUUAAUAUUUUUUCUAAAAAAGUUCGAUAAACUUUUGAUAAAUUAAGAUUGGCAUCAUUAAGAACGACAGGCGCAACAUUAAAAACGAAUUUUAAAACACACCCACUCGUAUUAUUAUCCAACAUACUUAUUUUUCUAACAUCAAACUGAAGCUUUCCGUUUAAGUUUUAAAAGAAAGAAUAUUAGAAAUAUUAAAAAAAAAUAAUAAUACUUAAACGUCAAUGUGUUCCCACUCUUUUUACUAAGCGACGUUUCCCUAAAUCGGCACGUAAAUAGAUUAUAACCUACAAAUAGAAUACAAAAUGGAUCUGAAACUAAAUUUUCAAAUCAACUCAACUACUUCAAUGUCCGACUUCCAUUAAAACUAGUCAUACACAUACACAAAGUACUUACUGGCAUCUAUCUAUACGCAGCCUUGACAAGUGCUAAGUAUACGAAAGGAAUAUUUUUAUACUCAUAAACGAAAGUGAAAAACCUACAAACGUGGAUAACAAAGGCGAAACGAUGUGGUCCAAUGCUUUAUGCACAUUGGGCGUCACAAAACCAAUUUGCAAUUGCCUCAGCAUAAGGCAAGUGGCUGCAGCUGCAGCAGCUGCUGCAGCAACUCAGGGCGCAACCAUUACCACAGGCCCAACAGCAUCCAGCAGCUCUUCAGGGGAGUCUCGUGGAAAGAGACCGCUAAAAAUUUGGGAUAGCUGGCGAAAUGUACGGAAAGGAGUAGUUGUUGGCACAUUCGAAGAGUUAUUAGUUAGAGGCAAAGAUAAACUAGGGGUUCCUGCCUCAGAACCGGUACGACUUGUUCUGGAGAGCGAUGGGACCCAAAUUGAAGAUGGAGAAUAUUUUCGCACUCUGGCAAACAAUACAAUACUAUUGCUUCUAAGGCAGGGAGAACGUUGGUAUCCAACUGGCGUCGAUGUCAUAAAGGCUGCAAUAUCAGCUAUACCAAAAAUCGUCUGCGAGACGAUCCAUGCCUUGGAGUUGCACGAUGAGACGCCUUCUUGGAAAAUUAUGGACAACAAGGGUCGAGUUACGGUGGUUCUUCACUGGGACCAACGUCAAGGCGGCGGAGCAACAGGUGGUCAAAGCGGACCGAAUAAUAGUGGAGCUGGAAGUAGUAACGGUCUUAUAUCCUCAGAAAAAUAUUCGCCAUCGAAAAAAGGACUUUCUGCACAAAGUUCAUUGGACAACAAAUCCGUAUCAUCACAAUCCUCUCAACAGAGGUAUACAAGUCCACAAAUAACAGUCAUAAGUGAUGAAGGUCCCGCGAGUGUUUAUCAUCCAGGUGGUGUGGUUCUUCCACCGGGCGUUGUGAUACCUGGCACUAAUAGAAGACUUUCAAAACAAGGGGGUUCUUUUGACAGUGCUGUGGGUGCAGUGCAUGUGCACACACCUGAAUGUGCGCAUCAUGCUCACACACCCAGUCGAGCGGGUAGUCCUAGUACCACGGAGUGCGAUUUUCAUUGCUGUGCACUGCACGAGGAGGGUCGUAAAAUUGCCGUUCACAAAAGUGUGGCGACCUCUCCAAUACAAGAUGGUACCACGAGCCCACAACCUCAACAGCAGGCUACGUUGGGCAUGUCAUCGGUUGUGGAUCCUAUGAUGGGUGGCAGCAUGCAGCGCCGCUCUUCGGGGACAAAAGGUCAUGUACGGUUCCUGGAUAUUGCUCCGGAGCGUGACAGUUCCGAAAGCGAAACAGAAAACACAAUCAUGGAAGAUGAAAAAGUAACGACGGAAAAGUUCUUACUUCUCAUCGACCAACUGUCCGUUGAUCAAAAACGUCACCUUAGCAUCAAAGAUAUUGGCAUCAUAUUAGAGCGCCUAAAUUCCAAAAUUCUUGAUGUCGAACGACUAGACAGAGAGUCAGAGUCGGAUGAUUGCUACAAUUGGACGAUAAAAGCAACAAUAAGAGGCGAUGCCCUGCGAGAACUUGGUGUCAUUUACAACGGCAACUAUUAUGCAAUCUCUGAACACCCCGGCUAUAAAGAGGAAGUUGAAGAAAACGGUGAAGAAGUAGAAGAAGAAGAUGAAGAAGAUCGGAUAUAAAUAGUGAUUAUUAUAAUUGAAUUUAAUAACUUAGUUUCAACACAUUUGCAAACAUUUGUAAACCUCAACAAAUCAAGAAAAAUUACAAAACCGUAUGUUAUAUAAUGAUUAAAAAAUAGAAAAUUAUAUUUAAAACGAAAGGUCCUAGAUUGUGUACAGUAGAAAAAAAAUCCAAAGAAUAAUCCUUAUUAUUACGGCGGAAUAAUAAAAAUCCUGAAAACCAUGUAUGCAUUAAUUCAUUCGCUACAUUUACUAUUAGUUUAUAGGAAUUUGUUAUAAUUUUUGUUUUUUAUUUUAUUUAUGUUUAAACUAUUUAAGUCAUCAUCUAAGAUUACCAAUGGAUUCAAAAAAACUUUCACAAUUGGUCUGUCUAAGAUGAGGAUUCAUAUAGAAUAAAACUUAUCUAGAGUCCUAUAUCCUAAAUAAUCAUACUAAACAAACUACUAAUGGCCUUAUUCAUAAUCAUAUCAAAUGUAAAUAAAACAAAUUUUCAGAUUAAUUAAAACAGAAUUUGUUCUAUAAAAUUGUGAUAAAUGAUAAUGAUUAAGGAUCUUAGUGUUUUGUAAACUUUUCUGUCAUAUUUUUUUUAAUAUUCUAAACAUUGAUUGCUGUGGUUUAUUUAAUAUGAUCUUCAUUUGUCAAA